UCGAGUAUCAAAAUAGCUAUCAUUGCACCAUAAUUCGUACAAAUAAUGUUCCCCAUUGUACCAUCUCUUCUAUCAAUCCUCGCCGGAAUCCUCCUGUGGUUCAUCGCCAGGAGAUGGACUCCGGCGUCGUCAAAAAGCCGCAAGAAACUUCCACCAGGGCCGCGCGGCCUUCCCAUCAUCGGAAACCUCCACAUGCUAGGCCACACCCCUCACCGUGCCUUAAACAACCUAUCCAAAAAGUACGGUCCCAUCAUGUUCUUAAAACUAGGCAGUGUACCCAUGGUGGUGAUCUCUUCCCCCUCCGCCGCCGAGCUCAUCCUUAAAACUCACGACGACGUUUUCUCCAACCGGCCGAGGCUCGACGCCGUGGAACAUUUCAUGAAUAGUUCUAAGGGAAUGGCCUUCUCGCCUCCUGAUUUCGAGUGGCGAAAAACCAAGAAGUUUUCAAUCCAAGAGCUCCUUAACACCGCGAAGAUUGAGUCUUUUGCCGGCGUUAGGAGAGAGGAAGUUGGGGCUUUAUUAGCGUCGAUAAAAAUGGCGGCCGCCGGCGGGGAGGUGGUGGAUCUUAGUGAAAUGGUGGGGGAGUUGAUAGAGAACGUAACUUAUAAAAUGCUUUUUGGGUUUAGCAACGACAAGAAGUAUGGGUUGAAGAGCAUUGUUCACGAGGUUAUGGCAUUGAUGGGAGCCUUCAAUAUUGCUGAAUAUGUACCCUUUCUCAAGCCAUUUGAUCUUCAGGGGCUGUAUAAGAGAAUGAAGGCAGUUCGAAAAGCCAUGGACAACGUAGUUGGGGAAAUUAUCAACAAACAUGAGGAAGAUGCAAGAAAUGGCACUAAAAAGGGCAACAUGGAUUUCAUAGAUAUGAUGCUAUCCUCCAAAACGUUAUCCUCGGCACACAAACUUGACCAAGAAAAUAUUAAAUCACUUCUCUUCGAAUUAAUCCUAGGAGCCAUUGAUACCUCGAACACGUGGAUCGAAUGGACUAUGGCUGAACUCCUAAGAAAUCCCGGGGCAAUGAGACGUCUCCAAGACGAGCUUGAAGCCAACAUUGGACUCGAUAGAAUGGUUGAGGAGAAGGACUUGCCUAAAUUGCAAUAUCUAGAGAUGGUGAUUAAAGAAACAGGCAGGCUCCAUCCCCCGGCACCUUUGCUCCUUCCUAGAGAGUCAAUGGAGGACAUCGAGAUAAAUGGGUAUUACAUACCUACAAAAUCACGAGUUACAGUAAACGCUUGGGCAAUCGGGCGUGAUUCUAGUAUUUGGCCUAACAUUAAUGCAGAUGAUUUCAUUCCCGAGAGAUUUAUUGAUAGUGAUGUUAAUAUUCUCGGGCAUGAUUUUGUUCUUCUGCCAUUUGGAUAUGGAAAGAGAAUGUGUCCAGGAGCAAAGUUGGGGUUACUCAAUGUUAAAUUGAUUGUGAGUAAUUUGGUUCAUGGCUUUGAUUGGGAGUUGCCUAAAGGUAAGUCACCUAGUGAGAUGGACAUGGAAGAGGCUUUUGGGUUGGUAACUGCAAAAUCAAAACACUUGCUUGCAAUUCCAUCUUAUCGCUUACUAUGUUGAUAGAGUUAUUGUCAAAUGCCAUGUUUUAUUGAAAGCGUUGUUUUUCUUAUCGCAGUUGUUGUCAAAUGCCAUGCGUUUAUUGGAAACGUUGUUCUUAUUAUCGCAUUAAACAACAUUAAGUCUGGUUGGAAUGAAGAAUUUACCAACAUCCUUUCAUUUCAAUUUGUUUCA